AUUGAUAAUGAUGAUGAUGAUGAUGAUGAUGAUAUUUUUCAAAUGGACGACGUUCUUGAUGCUGAUGAUGACAAUAUCCGAUUGUUGAAUCCAACACCAUAUGAACCACCACCACCAACAAGACCAAGAUCAAGUAACACAAUUGGCUACACGAAUAGUGAUGAUAAUGAAGAAGAAGAAGAACAAUGUCGAUUUAUAUAUGAAUCGAUUGGAAAUAUACCGAAUUUUAUGAAUGAAAAUAACGUAAAAAUUCUCCGACAACAACAACAACAACAACAACCAUCCGUUUUGGUAGCAAUACCAAUAAGUGAAUGGGAAUUACAACAAGAACAGCAAGAGAUUAUGGAUUUUGUGGAUGGAAUUGUUUCGAAUAAUAACGAAAAUCAACACCACUAUCAAGAACAGGAACAAGAUCUCAAUAAUGAACAACUAGUCAAUAUACAACAAUCAGCAUUACAAUUACGAAGAAUGAGCAAUGAAUUUCAAUUACGACGACGACGAUCAUCAUCAUCAUUGCCACAUUCAUCAUCAUCAUCAUCAUCAUCAUCAACAACGACCAUAAUAAUGAUAAAUAUAACAAAUCUGGUCAAACAAACAAUCAUGGAUAUAUGCACAUUUACAUUCGAUAUUAUGUUUGGAAAUUAUUUUCGAACUUUACAACAUUUUUUUGGCCAUUAUCAUUCUUGAUUUUUGAAUUUUUGAAAAUUUUUCAUUUCAUUUUAAAUUGUCCAAA